AUGAACAAUGACAGUGAGUACCACAAUGCUACUAACUGUCAGAAUGCAUACUGGGAGCAUCCAGCAGAAGAUGGCAAGACACACCAACAACCAAGGGAGAUGACCAGGCGAACAGAAAGAGUUAUAUGCAGACUCAUGACGCAAGCGAUAUACUUUGCAAAUGCGUGGAGUCCAGAAGUAAGGGAGAACGCACAGGAGAUAGACGGCAGGGAUAAGGAAAUAAAGGGAAUAAUGAGAUGCACGAUUGUGGAUGUAUAUAACGACAUACUCAGGACAUAUGGAUGCGAGGGUUGGUGGGGUACAUACUACGCCUGGUACACAACAGGGAUAAUUUGGCAUGAGUUAGGGGCAACAUUGGGGGAAAACCAUUGUAAGCGCGGUAUGUAUCAGGAAAUCGAAUUAGGGCACUGGCCAAUGAGGCAGCAGAUGAACACCUGGCUACAGCAGAAUCCACGCAUGCAGAAGAAACUUCAUGACGAGAAAAUAAGCCAUGGGUGUACGGGAAGGAAGGUAAAGACUAGGAAACAACUGCAAGAGGAAGGAGUUGAACAGGACCAAGCGGCUGAACAGAAGAGGGAUGACGCAAUGAAACACACAGUGAAGCAGCACGCAGACAACAUUUUGGGCGAGGUUCAGAAAGACAUGGAGAAGGAGGAGAAACAAUUGAGGGCGUCAACUGACCCAGCACCCACGUACCCUUCUGGGGCAGAGGCACACGAUCAAAAGGCUGCCGCGAUAGAGAACGCAAUGGAACAAGCAAUCGCGCACGUGAAAGAAGAAUUAAAAAAAGUGAUCGCGGAGACUGCCGAUGCACGACCCGCCGCAGCCAAAGCAGCAGCGGCGACACCGGCAUCAACAGCGGUAGGAACGACACCGGCAGGAGCACAAGGACCGCAAAAUGUACCAGCACAGACGGACCAGAACCUGGCGCCCCCCGUAGGAGCGCCGCCAGCCGCAGAAGCGACCGAUGCGGGAGCACCGAACGCAGAACCAGAACCAGUUUCAUCAUCCUCAUCAAGUGCGGAAGCAGGGGGAAGAACAGCUGAUCGUUCCCCUGCUGACAACAGUCAGAACGACGCAGUUCAGACGAAUCCAUCGUCUCCUUCUUCUAUGCAUGAGAACGGUGCACCCGGCCCUUCCGGUUCAACAGGUGAAAACGAAGAGGCCGGGAAAAGUAGUGGGGAUGGAAGCGGACCCGCAGAUGGCGGAGUUGGUCGUGCACAAUGGCAAGCUCCCCAAAUUGACUUUAAUUUACCUAAAUCUGGGCGCAAUGAACUGCACGGACAUUAUGGAUCUGCUCAUACACCAAGUAUAAAAGAUAUAACUUCUGCUACUGGGACAGAUGACCCCAACAAAAGGGAUGACGGAAUCAUCCCCCCCAUCUUCACUGCAAAGGACAUCUUCCUUUCUUCUCCUGUUCUUAUCUUCUUUGCAUCGGUCACUUCCUUUAUCCUGCUCUUUUUUCUUGGCAAAUACUUUGCGCACCUCGCCAAACGACGACGAACAUAUCGCACCGUUCGGCACGUGCCGUCACCGCCACUCGACGAAGAAAUACUAGACCAUCUACAACGCGGCGAACGCCCCCCACCCGAUUACGGGUACACCAUGGUUACGGAUACGCAGCCCGGCAGAUUGCCCGCCGCCCGACGACGAUCUCAUCCACGCGUGCAUACGCGCACCAUCAUCGAGCUACAUCUAGAAGUGCUCAACGAAUGUGAAGCGACGGAAUGGGACAGGGUGAAAGACGACUAUUGGAAGAUUGUCGUUGAAGAGUUUGCGCAGGAUAUGAUACAGGACGAGGCCACGAAUAACAGUAUCUUGGAUGUGUCCAUCUCAGACCAAGAUCCUCGAGGGAUAAAUGUUUCGUCCACUGACUCCAAAGGAACAGAUCCGUGUCCAGAUGGUGACCCCGAUCCAUGGAAUUGUAUGGAAUCCAUACAGUUAGCAACGGACCCAUGUCCACCGAAUGAAGACGACCCCGAUCCAUGGAGUUGUAUGGAAACUAUACGGUUACCAACGCACACUUCUCCACCUACCGAAGAUAAGCCCGAUCCUUGGAGUUGUAUGGAAACCAUGCAGUUAGAUGCACAACAGAGUCGUGCUCAUUCCAACCACAGGGACGCGACGUCGUACUGCACCCAAUGGAUUAACUGGAUUGACCGCAACAAGCACCUAUUGCAGGAAUGCACGACGCAGCCGUGGUUUUUGCAAUUAAAAGCGGAUUGGACACAAUUCCUGCGUGAUCACAUGAUGGCACACGCAGCAUCCGGUGAGCACAGGAAAGCCGCAUUCAUGGACAGCAAGAAGCACGCAUGGAAACAGUGGAUAGCGCAACAACAUCGGCAAAUGAGUAUGUAUAACGCGGAGGAGAGGUUUCAGCAUUUGUUGCAUACUGUAGAGGACGAGACAGUGACGGCAACAGGCGAUAUACACGGAGUGGAAAAAGUAAUGGCCGCAGAACAUGUUCUAAGAGUGAGGGAUGCACCACGCAUGCAACUGCAUCCGCAACCUUACAUGAAACAACCGUUAACCGCUGAAACAUGGAUACUGAUCCUGGCAUUCGUCAUAGAAGAGAGCGAAGUCGAACGCAGUUUGCAGGAGAACGAGUUAUAUGUGGAUGAUCUAUUGCACCAGCUCUGA